AUGGAUCUGCACGCCCUGGAUCGGCUAAUAUCCCGUCUUCCCGUACCUUGGAGCAAUGCUUUGGAGCCAUUUCUCGACGGAUACAAGAUGAUGCCCCAGGAAUUUGCUCGUCUUCAAGCAGAUCUCUGCCCGGGAAGUCCAGUCUCCGACACAACGGUCUCUAAUUACAUCCAUGUCAUGAAGAAUACGCUCCCGAGUAUUUGCUAUAACCUUGUCGCUUACAUAGACCCGGUCAAUGUGACAUGCUUUCUGCAGGAUCGGUCCGACAACCCCGGAAAACAUGUUCUUCAAGAACUGGCAGCACGGCCUCUAGCAAGUCAUAUAUUCUGGCCCAUCCAUGAGCGCGACGGAAAGUGGAGUCUCGUGCAUGUUUGCCUCAAAACUCGACUUGUAUCCUACCACACGCCUCACCCUUCUGAUUCGCCCAGCAGCAAGGGUGCUGAGGAUGCUACGGGGAAGAUCCUCCAAUUCCUUGAUCGGUAUUAUAAACAGAGCACGAAGGAUAGGAAACCUUUCUCCGAAUGGGCCAGGCAUCCCUAUCGCAAUCUCUACUGCAAAGGACGCAGCGGCCCAAGUAUCUUUCCGGCAGGAUCCCAUGAUAGUGGGAUAUGGGUCAUGCUCCUGAUGCGCCGUCUUCCCGAUGAUGACCAAUGGUGGCCAGUGGGAUAUGGUGUAGAAGAGGAAGAGGGCUAUGGUGAGGUGUUUACAGCCGUCGUAGGUGAGCGUAUGAGAUUCAGGAUCGCGGCCGAGCUUAUCGCGGGAACCGUAAAUCCCAAAAUUGACUGCAUUCCGGAUUGGCUGAAAUGA